UACUAAAAGUGAAAGCCUGCUAUAACAACGUAACUCUCGUUUUAUACCAACGUACCUACCUAGUACAUCUUUACAUUAAGGUGACUGGCGCAUUCCAUCAAUCUUACAGGAAGUUCGGUUUUCGCAUACCAGCUCUGAGUUGUAAAAAAAUGGAGGUGAAGAUCCAGUCCGGGAGGGAAGAGCAAACAAGUUCAAGUAAAAUGAAUGGACUACUAGAAAGCAGAGGGACCUUUUUGAGUUUAUGUCAAUAUACACCACCUUCUUGGGCAGCCCAACUUGGUCCUAUUCCCUCCCAUUACUAUGCACUUGGACAUCUUCCUACACCAAUUCAUCGAUGGAAUCUUCCAGAUUUACCAACAAAUACUGAAGUCUGGAUAAAGCGGGAAGACUUGUCAGGCAUGCAACUUAGUGGGAACAAGGUGCGGAAGCUUGAAUUUUUGAUGGCAGAUGCAAAGGCAAAAGGUGCAGAUUGCAUUAUUACAAUAGGAGGCAUUCAGAGUAACCACUGCCGAGCUACUGCAGUGGCAGCGCGAUAUUUGAAUCUUGACUGCUAUCUUAUAUUGCGAACUACCAGGGCUGAAGUGGAUGAAAAUCCUGGUUUGAUUGGAAAUCUUCUUGUUGAGCGAAUGGUUGGUGCAAACAUAGAACUUAUCUCCAUGGAGGAGCAUGCACAAAUUGGAAGUGUUACUCCUUGUACUCUUCUGAAAGAGAGAUUAGAAAAGGACGGGAGAAAACCAUAUGUUAUUCCAGUUGGUGGUUCAAACUCAUUGGGAACAUGGGGUUACAUAGAAGCAGUAAGAGAGAUAGAGCAACAACUGCAAGAAGGAAAGGUUGAUGGCAUCGAUAAGUUUGAUGAUAUAGUUGUUGCUUGUGGAAGUGGAGGAACUACAGCAGGCUUGUCACUUGGAUCACAUUUAAGUAGCUUGAAGGCUAAAGUACAUGCGUUUUCUGUUUGUGAUGAUCCUGACAACUUCUAUGAUUACACGCAAGGCCUUUUGAAUGGCCUUCAUGCUGGUCUCAAUUCGCAUGAUUUGAUCAGUAUUGUAAAUGCUGAGGGCAUUGGCUAUGCAAUGAGCAAAGUUGAGGAGCUUAAAUGUGUAUGCCAAAUUGCUGAAGCAACAGGCGUGGUCCUUGAUCCUGUUUACAGUGGGAAGGCAGCAUUUCAAAUGCUCAGAGACAUGGUUGAGAACCCUUCCAAGUGGGAAGGAAGAAAAGUCCUCUUCAUUCACUCUGGGGGUCUUCUUGGGAUGUAUGACAAGAUGCAGCAGCUGCAGCCUCUUAUUGGAAAAUGGCAAAGAUUUAAGGUGGAUGAUUCCGUUCUGCAAGUUGAUGGAGUAGGAAAGAUGUUCUAAGAAUUAGAUAAUUAGUAGUUUUUUAGCAGUUCUUAUUAAUGGCAACAAUUAUUGUGCGUUACAUUAUCAAUCAUCUAUACUCUUGAAUUUCUUGUACUGUCAGUUUCAACUGAUCACUGGUUUUGCAUGAAAUGAGCUCACUACAUUACUGGGAGAACUCUCGCUGUAAGAAAUUGUUGAAUGUAAACAAAGGAUAAGUUUAUCAAACAAUUAUAUGACAGAUAGAACAAGAGUAAAGCAUAAUUUUUUUAAUAAGAAAAUGGGAAGAUAAUUAAGAACGGUACAAUUGAUUCCAAGAAGCUCA